UCGCGGCCAGCCAGGGGGCAGCGGGUGCCAUGGCCGCGCCGGAGUCGCUGCGGCCCCGCCUGUGUCGCCUGGUGCGCGGCGAGCAAGGCUACGGCUUCCACCUGCAUGGCGAGAAGGGCCGCCGUGGCCAGUUCAUCCGGCGCGUGGAGCCAGGCUCCCCAGCCGAGGCGGCGGCGCUGCGCGCCGGGGACCGCCUGGUCGAGGUCAACGGCGUCAACGUAGAGGGCGAGACGCAUCACCAGGUGGUGCAGAGGAUCAAGGCUGUGGAGGGGCAGACUCAGCUGCUUGUGGUGGACAAGGAGACAGAUGAGGAGCUCUGCAGGCGACAACUGACCUGCACUGAGGAGAUGGCCCACCGAGGGCUUCCACCAGCCCACCACCCCUGGGAGCCAAAGCACGACUGGGCAUGCUCGGGCAGCCUUGGCUCGGACACUGGCCAGAAGGAUGUCAAUGGGCCCCCAAGAGAGCUGCGUCCCCGGCUCUGCCACUUACGAAGGGGACCCCAGGGCUACGGGUUCAACCUGCAUAGUGACAAAUCCCGGCCUGGUCAAUACAUCCGCUCUGUGGAUCCGGGUUCGCCUGCUUCCCACUCUGGCCUCCGUGCCCAGGACCGGCUCAUUGAGGUGAACGGGCAGAAUGUGGAGGGGCUGCGCCACGCUGAAGUUGUUGCCAGAAUCAAGGCACGGGAGGAUGAGGCCCGGCUGCUGGUGGUAGAUCCUGAGACUGAUGAACACUUCAAGAGGUUGCGGGUCACACCCACUGAGGAUCAUGUAGAAGGUCCACUGCCAUCACCAGUCACAAACGGGACCAGUUCUGCUCAGCUCAACGGUGGCUCCGUGUGCUCAUCCCGAAGUGACCUGCCAGGCUCAGAGAAGGACAAUGAGGACGGCAGUGCCUGGAAGCGAGACCCCUUCCAGGAGAGUGGCCUCCACCUGAGUCCCACAGCAGCUGAAGCCAAGGAGAAGGCUCGCGCUACCCGGGUCAACAAGCGGGCACCACAGAUGGACUGGAACCGGAAGCGAGAGAUCUUCAGCAACUUCUGAGCCCCUCUCUGCCUGUCCGGGGCCCCAGGCUCUCUUCCUGCACGGACCUUGGGCCUUUCCAGAGCUCCCCAAGCCUCAGCAGACUGGAGGGUGGUAUCACGCCACCCAGAAAACAACCCAUGACCCCAUGAACCCUUGUCUUGUCCACUGGGUGCUGCGGCUGUCAUAGCAAGAUGAGGGAAGAGAGAAACCCAGAGAUGAGAGAGACAGAGACAGAGACAAAAACAG